AUGAGUUCAAAUAGUUCUGCUAACAAGCCACGAGAAGAGGAGUUUCCACCGCAAAAAAUAUACCCUUUAAAGGAUUUUGAAGCGCCUGCUGAGCCAGAGCCAUUCUACCAUAAUUAUCAACAAGGAGUACCAAUUGCAUUGGAUAUCGGCACGUCGUCGUUUAAGGUAGGAUUAACUAAUGCUAAUGUACCGAAUAAUGUGUUCCCAGCCGUUGUAGCUCGGUAUAGGGAUCGUAAGGCGUUGAAAACGUUGACGAUUGUUGGGAACGAUGUAUAUAGAGAUCAGUCGCUCAGAUCGUCACUGAGGACGCCAUACGACGGUCCGCUCGUCACAAACUGGGAUUACGUGGAGUGUAUGCUUGAUUAUUCUUUUGAGCACUUGGGGGUCCACAGUGACAACGGGAGAUUGAAUAAUCCGGUGAUUAUGACCGAGCCAGUGGCCUGUCCAAUGAGCCAGAGAAAAAAUAUGUACGAAUUGCUUUUUGAAGCGUACCAGGCACCAAAGGUGACGUUUGGAAUUGAUUCGUUGUUUUCGUAUUACGCCAAUUCUGCCACCAAUACCGCCAACGGGGUUGUCAUCGGCACGGGGCACGAACUGACCCACGUUAUUCCUGUUUCUCAAGGUAAGGGAAUAUUGCUGCAGACAAAAAGAAUAGAUUGGGGUGGUGAUCAGUCGCUGCAGUUUAUUCAAAGGUUAUUGUCAUUGAAGUAUCCGUACUUCCCCACAAAGUUAACGUCUCAGAACACCACCAAUAUAUUUUACGAUCAUUGUUACGUCCUGAAAGACUACCAAGAAGAAUUAUCAAACUAUCUUAAUAUGGACUUCUUAAACGAACACGAUGUUGUUCUUCAGGCGCCAGUAGACGUCUCAGUGCCAGCAGAAAAAAAGAAGUCCGCCGAAGAGUUGGCAAAACAAACCCAAAAAAGAAGAGAACAGGGUAAGAGGUUGCAAGAACAAGCCCAGCAGAAAAGAGUCGAAAAGCUCGUGCAAAAAGAACAAGAAUUAGAAUAUUAUACAAAUAUCAAGCUGGAAUUUGAAAGUACAUCGCCCAAGGAAGUUCAACAAAAAUUGGAGGCAGAAGGGUUUGAAGACUUGAAUGAUUUUAACAAAUAUGUUACAAACUUGGAUAAAUCUUUGAAAAGAACUCGUAAUCAAGAUAUUGGUGAUAACCAAGAUGAAGGGGAUGAGCCAGGUAACUCGUGGCCUCUAGUUGAUAUUCCUGAUGACCAAUUAUCAGAAGAUCAAAUUAAAGAAAAGAGAAAACAAAGACUUAUGAAGGCUAAUUUCGAUGCGCGUGAACGUGCAAAGGAAAUUAAAAGACAAGAAGAGGAAUCGUUAGCCAAAUUUGAGAAGGAACAAGAAGAAUGGCGUGAAAGGGAUUUGGAAGAUUGGUGUACUGUGAAGAGACAAGAGCUAGGUCAAAUAUACGGUAGAAUGAAAGAGAGGACUAAAUUAUUGAACUCUAUGAAAGAUAGGAAGUCAAUGGCAGCUCAACAACGUAUGAAAAAUAUUGCCGACUUAGCAAACGAUGAAACUGGAUCAACUUCGAGCGCAUCAAGAAAAAGACGUCGUAAUGCAAAUAGCACAAUAGAUAAUGAUCCAAAUGAUACUUUUGGAGCUAACGAUGAUGACUGGAGUGUUUAUAGGGAUAUCAGUAAUGCUACUUUAGAAGAAGAGCAAGAAGAAGAUAAUGCAGCAAUACUCAAAUUAGAAGAACAAUUAUUGAAAUAUGAUCCAAACUUUCAUCAUGAAGAUACACUUGCAGCUUCACAAACAUUUGAUUGGAAGAAUCUGACGUUACAUAAAUUCAUUCAUGGUCCUCGUCAAAACAUUACUAUAUCUAUGCAAACUGAAAUCUCUGACCCCGAUGAACUAGCCAACCACCCAGAAAUAAUCAAGAAGAAUCACCAAUUGCAUUUUAAUAUCGAAAGAAUACGAGUCCCAGAAAUUUUAUUUCAACCAAGUAUUGCUGGUCUUGACCAAGCGGGAGUUGCUGAACUACUGAGCGAUUUACUCUAUAGGAGGUUAGAUGGUAACUUCUCCUCUAAUGGGCAAUCCCAUAGUAUGAUUCAAGAUGUUUUUAUUACCGGAGGUCUUGCAAAGUUACCAAAUUUUGUGGAAAGAACCACCAAAGAUUUUACAGCAUUUUUGCCUGUAGGGGCUCCUUUAAAGGUCCGUAAAGCAAAGGACCCAAUCUUAGAUGCUUGGAAAGGUAUGCAAAAAUGGAGUCAAAGCGAAGAAUGUGAAAGCAGUUAUGUUUCUAAAGAAGAGUAUGAAGAACUUGGACCAGAAUAUAUAAAGGAACACGGUUUGGGUAAUGCUUGUUUAAUGUAA